GGCUACUGGGAAAUAGCCAAGCCUCCCAAGUACUCCUUGGAAAAAUGAGCAAAAGCAGAGGAAACCCAACAGCUGGACAGGCAGCGCGAGUAGCUUCUGACCUGAGCGCAGGAGGGGGAGGAAGUCUAUGUUUUCAAAAGCAUCCGUAUUUGGUCAAAUCCAAAAUGCUCCAAGAGGAGCAGGAGUGCAGCUCAGACACUUCCAGGCCAGGCAACGUUUCCUGCUUGGCUUCUGGGCAGUAAACAAUGGGCAAGGCCCCUUGGCUGCUUUCUAGAAAGUCCACAGGAGUUCAGAAGUAAAAAAAUUAAAACAAGUCUCUUUGUAAAGGCUUGUAUAAUUUCUCUUUGGAUACAGUUGUCCUAGAUUGUUGACAAAAGCAGGGAGAAGGCUUCCAAGCAUGUAUAGAAAGUGGAACAGGAUCAUCUUCUCCAAACUGAUGCUUGUAAGAGAUACAAAGAAAGCGUGACUAUGAAGGGUUUCUGUGUUCUCUGCUGUUGCCUGCGGAAUCUCGAACCUCUGCUUUUGCCUUGAGAGCCUUCAAUGUGGAACUGGCUCAGGCAGUGUAGAUAGACCAAGUGCCUUAAAGACACUGUGAAUUUCACUCCAGAUGUAUCCUUUCCAGAUUAAGGACUCCAUAACUCAGAAGACUACAGGUUUGAUGCGAAUGCAGUUCUGGAGGGAGGCUGUGGAAGAUAUAUUCUGCGAUAACCCACCACAUCAGCCGGUUGCUACAGAACUGUGGAGGGCUGUCAAGAGGCAUAACUUGACUAAAAUGUGGUUCAUGAAGAUCAUUGAUGAAAGAGAGAAGAAUUUGGAUGAUAGAGCAUACCGUAACAUCCAGGAGCUUGAAACGUAUGCUGAGAACACUCAGAGCGCUCUCUUGUACCUCACCUUGGAAGUGCUGGGUGUGAGGGACAUCCAUGCCGACCAUGCAGCCAGUCACAUUGGGAAAGCGCAAGGCAUAGUUACCUGUUUAAGAGCAACUCCGUAUCAUAGUACAAGACAAAAGGUCUUUCUUCCCAUGGACAUUUGUAUGUUGCAUGGAGUUUCACAAGAGGAUUUCAUAAGAGGCAAGCAAGAGAAAAAUAUGAGAGAUGUAAUUUAUGACGUUGCCAGCCAGGCCCAUAUUCAUCUAGAACAUGCUAGAUCUUUCAGUAAGAAAGUUCCUGUGAAGGCAUAUCCUGCUUUUUUCUGUACGGUUGCUUUAGAUGAUUAUUUAUGUAAUAUGCGAAAAGUGGACUUCAAUAUAUUUCAUCCAAGCUUACAAAAGAAAAGUACAUUAUUACCAUUGCAUUUAUAUAUUAGAUCUUGGAAAAAAACAUAUUAAAGUUUUUUUUUUUU